AUGUCGCCAACUCGUGCGCAAAGACUCGAGGGUCUUGAACGAAUCGCCUACUGCUCGGAUGUGAAACUGUUUUUUCUUGUGUCCGGGUCGCGCAUGUUCUUGUUGCUGCUGAUGCUCUUCCUUCGCGUUGCACUUCCGCAUAUUUAUGGCACGGAGCUGCUAUGGGACAGCGGGACUUUGCUAUAUGAUGAUAUGAACAGUACGUGGAGUCUGUUAAACUUUCCUCGGAGUUGGGAUGGUGUGCAUUUCUUCCACGUGGCCAAACAUGGGUACUCCCAUGAAAAUGUUUGCGCGUUCUUCCCACUCGUUCCAUUUAUUGUUCGGACAGUUUCAUGGUUAAACGACGUGCUUUUACCGGAAUUUUUGACGGCGGUGCCAGUUACCUUUCAGGUGGCGUUGCUGAAUGUUGCCAUGGGUGGUGCCGCGGCUGUCUGUUUGCGGCGCAUCACCAUCCUUACCCUGCUCAGUGGGUCCCAUGGCGUGGAUUACACCAAUAAAAAGGAUAAAGCAAUGUCAAUGACAUCCGGAACUUGGUUGGACAGCCUUCCGCUGCCGCCUCCGUAUUAUCGGCACGAGGUGACGGUGAAGGAACACUUGAACGCUAGGCUAUGGAAGGAAGUAGGUGCAACAGUGCUGAUGUGGAUGCUAAGUCCUACGGCUGUGUUCAGCGUGGUGCUUUACACGGAAAGUGUUUUCUCCUUUGCAACGUUUCUUGGCGUGUAUAUGCUUAUCGUUUCACCUCAAGGGAAGUGGCGAACUGCUGCUGCUGAGGCAGGGGCCGUGUUGUGCUUCGCCGUGGCAGGUUGUGCUCGAUCCAACGCGACAACAUACAUUGGAUUCGUCCUGUAUCCUGUCUUCUUGCAGGUGUUUUUUUUUGACACCUACAGAAAGCGAUACGCCAAGCGGUAUGGCGUAACCUCUCCAAUUCGUCGGUGGCCGAGCUUAGCAAGAUGUGUGAUUGUGUUGAUUGAGGUGGUUAUCAUCAUUACACCAUAUCUCGGGCUAAACUACUUGUGUUAUAGCCGUUUCGUUCCAUUGUGGGAUGACAUGUCCAGAGCCGCAAUCGGCGGCCGCUUCUGGGCAUUCUACGGUUGGAUGCAAAAGCGGUACUGGAAUGUCGGGUUCCUGCAGUCUUACCGUUGGGGCAAUGCACCGAAUGUACUCAUCAGUGCUCCCAUUAUGUUUUUUACCGUGCGCGGCUUUGUUCUGUUUAUAGUUCAGCCUGCUCUGGCGCGGAGUAUGGAAACUGAGUCAAAUAUUUCAAAAGAAUAUCAAGAACCGAGAAGCGAUUGCCGGGAAGACCGGUGUGGAAAUAAAAAGCAACGCCUGUUUUCAAUUUACAAACUAAUGGAGAACCUUGUUCAGUCUUCCAACAUCAUCUGUCUUCUCGUGAUUCUCGCUUUUGGCGCCACUAUGGCGCAUGUUAAUGUGGUGAAUCGUCUAGUCAUGUCUUCUCCGGCAUUGUAUUGGCUUUGGGGUCGGCAGUUUGUGUGUGACCCGUGGGGAGGGAACACAGUUGUAAUGGUUCGUAUAUUCCUGCUCUGGAAUUGUAUAGGCGCACUGUUUGUACCAAAUGGCUUGCCAUGGACCUGA